UGUGUAGGUGUUUGGCGUCCUCGAGGUGCUCCGCGAGGCGGGUGAACGAGAAGGGGAGCCCUGCUUUCCUUCGCAUGCGCCAGUCGUAGUUGCCCAACGCAAUCCGUGUGGCGUGGUACGUGAAUGGUCUAACGAGAUCUAAAAACCGCUGCGUGUCCCACCACGGCGCACCCGCGUCGCCUGUGCUCGCGGACGCCACAAGCUCGGGCAACGACGACGGGGGCGGACCGCAGAUGAGAGCUUCGUCAUGCAGUGUAAAAGCGCAGAUAUUGUCUUGCGCCACACACAAGAGCGCGUCUCGCAUGAGCUGAAUGCACCACCGCAGCCGCAUCUCCUGCAGAUCCGGCUUAUCCUCGAGCCUCAAGUUCACAUGGUGCGGGUCCGAGCUCCAGUCCAGCAGCGGCGGGGCGGUCGCGAUCCACGGUGACAGCGGCGAGCCCGGAUCCGGGGGCGGCAGCCUCCCGUGGUCAUGGGGCACCCAGGCGACGGGAGAAGGCACCGACGCGUAAAAGACG